CACGGUUUUCUGCGGCGUACAGAAGACGAGUUGGACGACUGGUCAGGGAAACGCGCGCGAGAGCGGAGCUGGCCCAAUGGAGUCACACUUCCUCGCACAAGGAAGAUGUGACCCGGCAGCCAAGUCAAGGUCGCAAAUGAGGUGACAAAGAAAGGUUUGUAAUGUCUGUAGCACGCGAGAACCGCACGAGUUUUCACGGCGUUAAAGAGCACAAGAGAACCGUUGACUUCGGUGAACAAGAUAGACACGGUGGAGCUGUGGACGGAUCCGAGUGUCUAGACAGACAGCGAAGGCUUUUGCAUUCGAGAAGACGGGGGGAGUGGAAAGGUGAGCGAGAAAGGAGAACGAUUUUGGAAGCCGACACGCGAGGGGUCACACAGAUGGAGGGUGAGUUCUGAUUUACGAACUGUCUGUGCGUCGAGCCACUCGAAACAGCGCAGCAGGCAGUGUCUCUUCACAUGUAUGGCACAUCGAAAGACCGGAGGUCGGACAGAACGAGGAGACAGAGAACACACACGCGAGAAAGAAAGAGUUUCUAUCCGCGUCGCGACUUCGGGCGUGGAGCGAGCGUCUGAGACAGCAAUCGGCGUUACGCAUGUUCACUCAGAAGGGUCACAGUGUACGCUGUUUAGACACUGGGUGAACAUUUGUUUGAGAGAGCCUCCGUCCGACGUGACUUACCCUGUGUCUCGUCGUCUGCUGUAUCUGUGUGUGACUCGACGAUGGAGCUCACGAUCUGACACCUUUGGAGAAUUCAAAGUUCUCGUAGAAAUGAGAGUUUACGGGGUUGCUGUCGUGGUCCCGUUUCUCCAGUUCGUACCUCUCCCGGGGGUUGAGGCCGCUCUUCGUGUGGCACCCGAGGCGGUCUGGCAGAAGGCGUGGAAGCGGGAAAGUUCGUGCGCUGGACAGACACUGGAAGGUGUUGGGGAAGUUGACAGGGCCGGACACUCAGCGAUUAAGGCUACAUGCAACGUCUGAGUUCGGGUGUCUUCCCAGACUCGGGAAACAGGCACAUCUGUCGGUGGAUCUGGCCGCGCCUCUCAAGAGAGAGUGACGCAGAGGGCGAGAAAAUGGAGCUUGUGUUUUUCUGGGCGAAACACUCCCCGUUUCGUCCGAUACGACGGGAGGAACAGGCGGGAACUGAGCACGAACAGACACCUGGGAGGAACAGAAUCACAGAAGCCUUCCUGCGUUUCGUUCUCUCCCGUGGAGACCCGUUUUUCCGCUAAAACGAUCCGUGCGCUCAGAAUUGUCGGUCGUGGCGCGAACGCGCGCGCCGCUUCUCGGGUGUGCAUACACCGCGUCUGCCGUGAUGUUUGAAUGACUGCCUCCGCCUUCUUUGGAACGCGUUUAUGAACGCCACGGGUUCGCCGGUUAAUUACAGACACAGAUCUUUUUUUCUAUCGGUGAGGAUUGGAAUCCGUUGCUUUGUGUGAUUAGUUUUCUCCCACGAAAGAGGUGGAGCUUAGCGGGGUUCUGGGAGGUUUCUCAGGUCUGAAGACACCGUGGUCCCCCACUUGGGAAUUUCCGCCUGUUUGCACUUUGUUGGGAAUUCGGUAGAGAGCAAGAGCCGUUGACAACCACGCAUUUUACGGCGGUGCGUCUCGGGCGUCGCCGUUGGCCGAUAGCGUCGGAGAAGGGAGCAACUCAAAAAGUGAGAGGGAAUCAUUUGCGGGAAUGGCGGGCGCGAAAUGGGCCGCGUUCGCGCGGGGGUUCGAUAUCGGUCUUCCGAGUGGAUUGGCGGAGCACUAAUAGUUCGUCUUUUUUGUAACGAACCGUUUUUUUACUGGCAUUUUUAAGACGAUGGUGGAAGUCAGGUCCUCCAGCAGGCUGCCUCCCGCGUUGCAGCCCGACGCAGUGUCUGCGCUAGUUGGGGGCCCUUCUCCCUACUCUCACGUGUGCUGAAUGCGAUAGACAUGUGUGUUUUUUUCUGUUGUUCUGUUUUAAUUUGAAGGAGCGAAGCGGAGGCGUAGAUUGUGUCUGAUUGGUG